AUGAUGAAGUUGGAGAUUGGCCUGUGCGUCUCAAUGGAGGUACCGAGGAGCUGCGUCAAACCCUACAAUCAGAGCUCCUGCACUGGCAUCGUUAACAAGUACUGCAUCAAGGCUUCCUAUCCAUUAUCGUCUUUGUCGCGGACCGUGGCGUCCUUCCCGCCGGAUGUGGUGGCGCGGCGAGACUUUACAGACCCUGCGGACCUGGGUCAAGCCUCCGAGGACUCAGUCCUGAACCUGACGGGCCAGAUCGUCAACAUCGGGCCGCCUCCACUGGUUGCCGUGGACAAUCCGCAACUGCCGCGGCGUUCUCUCGUGCUUCGGCACGGUGACUACGAGUUCGAGGUAAUCCUGCUCGCGUCCGCCGCGAAGGCGGCUUUCGCCUCGGGAGACAAAGUGGCUUUUUUCGGGAUUCGGAAGUGUCUUUACCAAGGUGUGGUCAGCCUGGAAACAGGUCGCUUGUCCUGGUUCUUGUGCAAUCCGUCAUGGCUGCAGCUACCAGAUUUCGAAGGACGCCCGCGGAAAGCGUUGAAGGUCGAAGCAUUGGUUCCCACAUCGGUGUCGUCACUUCACGCAAUUGGCGUGCAAGAGACCGCUGCUCGACUGGUCGUGGCAUGUGUGAUGCCGCUGACUGAGGCGGUGUUUGGCCAGCAAAUUUUUGUGUCCGACAAGAAGAUCCGUGUCGAGGUGGUCUUGCGAGACUCGACGGGCAACCAGGCGGUGAUGCUUUGGACGGAGCAGUUGUCCUGA